AUGAUGACCCAGGUGGAAACGAUGCAAUACAACAAUGGAUACGAUCAAGAGGUGUACAUGAUGCAGGAGGAUGAGUGGGACAGGGAUCUCCUCUUGGACCCAGCAUGGGAGAAACAGCAGAGGAAGACUUUCACAGCCUGGUGUAACUCCCAUCUGCGUAAAGCCGGCACUCAGAUUGAGAACAUUGAGGAAGACUUUCGAAAUGGCCUUAAACUCAUGCUGCUCCUGGAGGUCAUUUCUGGUGAGAGACUGCCUAAACCAGACAGAGGAAAGAUGCGUUUUCACAAAAUAGCCAAUGUCAACAAAGCCCUGGAUUACAUCACAAGCAAAGGAGUGAAGCUGGUGUCAAUUGGUGCAGAGGAGAUAGUAGAUGGGAAUGUAAAGAUGACUCUGGGUAUGAUCUGGACCAUCAUCCUCCGCUUUGCCAUUCAGGACAUCUCAGUGGAAGAAACCUCCGCUAAGGAAGGCCUCCUGCUGUGGUGUCAAAGGAAGACUGCCCCCUAUAGGAACGUCAACGUCCAAAACUUCCAUUGCAGCUGGAAAGACGGUCUGGCGUUCUGUGCUCUCAUACACAGACAUCGUCCUGACUUGAUCGAUUACUCCAAACUCAACAAGGAUGAUCCUGUGGGUAAUCUGAAUCUAGCUUUGGAAAUUGCAGAGAAACAUCUCGACAUCCCAAAAAUGUUGGACCCAGAGGACAUCAUCAACACCCCAAAACCAGAUGAGAGGGCUAUAAUGACAUAUGUGUCCUGUUUCUAUCAUGCCUUUGCUGGAGCUGAACAGGCGGAGACGGCUGCUAACAGGAUCUGUAAGGUGUUAGGAGUGAACCAGGAGAAUGAGAAAUUGAUGGAGGACUAUGAGAAACUGGCCAGUGAUCUUCUGGAGUGGAUUCGUCGGACCACCCCAUGGCUGGAGAACCGUUCUGCAGAGACAAGCAUGGCAGCCAUGCGGCGUAAGCUGGAGGAUUUCAGGGACUACAGGCGCAUGCACAAACCCCCCAAAGUGCAGGAGAAAUGCCAGCUGGAGAUCAGCUUCAACACGCUGCAGACCAAACUGCGCAUCAGCAACCGACCUGCGUUCAUGCCCUCCGAGGGCAAGAUGGUGUCUGACAUCACCGGUGCAUGGCAGGGUCUGGAGCAGGCAGAGAAAGGCUAUGAGGAGUGGUUGCUUGGGGAACUGCGACGUUUGGAGCGUCUCGAUCACCUGGCCGAGAAGUUUCGUCAGAAAGCUGCCACCCAUGAGGGCUGGUCAGAAGGUAAAGAGCAGUUGCUUCUGCAGAGGGACUAUGAAUCGGCGUCUCUGACUGAGGUUCGAGCCUUGUUGAGAAGACACGAGGCCUUUGAGAGUGACCUGGCUGCACACCAGGACCGUGUGGAGCAGAUAGCAGCCAUUGCACAGGAACUCAAUGAACUGGACUACCAUGCCUCUGCCACCAUUAAUGAACGAUGCCAGAGGAUUUGCGACCAGUGGGACCAACUGGGAACGCUCACCCAAAAGAGGCGGGAAGCUUUGGAGAGAACAGAGAAGUUGCUGGAGACCAUUGAUCAGCUUUUCCUGGAGUUUGCAAAGAGAUCUGCCCCCUUCAACAACUGGAUGGAAGGAGCCAUGGAGGACCUGCAAGACAUGUUUAUGGUCCAUUCUGUGGAUGAGAUUCAGAAUCUGAUCUCAGCCCAUGACCAGUUCAAGGCUACACUUCCAGAGGCAGACGCUGAGAGACAGGCUAUUCUGGGCAUUCAUAACGAAGUGCAGAAAAUUGCACAGAGCUAUGGCAUCUCACCCAGUCUUAGCAACCCUUACACCAGCAUCACCCCUGCUGAUCUCAAUCUCAAGUGGGACAAGGUGAAGAGACUGGUGCCUCAGAGGGACAGCGCUCUACAGGAGGAACUGUCUCGGCAGCAUGCUAAUGAGAGACUGAGGAGGCAGUUUGCUGCCCAGGCCAACGUUAUUGGACCUUGGAUUCAAACCAGGAUGGAGGAGAUAGGCCACAGCUCUGCUGAUAUAGGAGGAACACUGGAGGACCAUAUGAACCAGCUGAAGAAUAUUGAGCAUGUCAUCAUCAACUACAAACCUAACAUUGACAAACUGGAGGGAGACCACCAAGUCAUACAAGAGUCUCUCAUCUUUGACAACAAACAUACCAACUAUACCAUGGAGCACCUCCGUGUAGGUUGGGAACUCCUCCUCACCACCAUCGCCCGUACCAUCAAUGAAGUGGAGACCCAAAUCCUUACCCGUGAUGCCAAGGGCAUAAGCCAGCAGCAGAUCAAUGAGUUCCGCUCCUCCUUCUCUCACUUCGACAGGAAGAAGAAAGGAGGGAUGGAGACAGAUGAUUUCCGGGCCUGCCUCAUUUCUAUGGGCUAUGAUCUGGGAGAGGCAGAGUUUGCACGCAUCAUGUCUCUGGUUGACCCGAACGGUACUGGACUGGUGACCUUCCAGUCAUUUGUUGAUUUCAUGACUCGUGAGACAGGGGAUACAGACACGGCUGAGCAGGUCGUCGCUUCCUUCAGAAUCCUGGCUGCAGAUAAGCCGUAUAUUCUGGUUGAAGAACUGCGUAGAGAACUGCCCCCGGAGCAGGCUGAGUACUGCAUCUCCAGGAUGCCCCUCUACACUGGGCCUGACGGAGUGCCUGGAGCCCUAGACUACACUGCCUUCUCCAGUGCCCUCUACGGGGAAAGCGACCUCUAGCUGCACUCUGCACUCAAA